AUGUCUCUCAACGAACUCUGGGAGGCAUCUUCAGCUCCUUACCAUCCGAUCGUUUCCAAAGAGAGCCAGUUCGCCGUUGGCUUCACUUUGCUGCUGACAACCCUCAUUUUGACCGGUCUCUUCGGUUUGAAUCGGUCAUUCGUAAAUAUCACUCUGUUAGGACUGCCGGCAUCUCUGGCCUUUGGCUUCGGAGCUGUGUUUAUGAUCUGCGCCGUUGGAGUUUACGUUUAG